CAUGCGCAUGUGCAUCAAUCAGCUUCCUGGCUCUCCGGUUUGCGCCAUUUUCUUUCCCUUAGCUAGCUAGCUUAGAUAACGUAGAAAUAAAUUGAUUUAGGCCCUCUUCUUAUUUAAUUCAGCACACCCAGUUCGUUAGUCGACAUUUAUGCCAAUCGAUUUCUGAACAUGGAAGACGAAUGCCACCCCAAAACCCUGUAUGUUGGUAACCUGUCCAGAGAUGUAACAGAAAUUUUGAUUCUUCAGCUGUUCACCCAAAUUGGACCUUGCAAAAGUUGUAAAAUGAUAACUGAGCAACCCGAUAGCAGGAGGAUGAACUCUUCUGUCGGAUUUUCUGUUUUGCAGCAAUCAAGCAAUGACCCGUAUUGCUUUGUGGAGUUCUUUGAACAUAGAGAUGCUGCUGCUGCCCUAGCAGCCAUGAACGGGAGGAAGAUAUUGGGAAAGGAGGUCAAAGUAAAUUGGGCAACCACUCCAAGUAGCCAGAAGAAAGACACAUCUAAUCACUUCCAUGUAUUUGUUGGAGACCUGAGCCCUGAGAUCACCACUGAGGAUAUCAAAGCUGCAUUUGCACCUUUUGGGAAAAUCUCAAAUGCUCAUAGGAUUGGACAGGAGCUUGAAGUCUAACAGCAAGGAACUGUGCACACUGGAAACUCAGAUGUAGACUUUUUCUCUAUCUAUUUAUUCUAUUCCUCUCUUUGUGUUUUUGUAUUAACAUGACCUAGUUUACUAUAACAAACUCCAAUAUUCAAUACAUAUACUUAAAGAUUUGUGUAAAACUGAUUCUGGUUUGUUAAUGUUGAUAGUUUUUAUGCUCCUUUCCUAAAAAUCUGAAAAUGUUUUCAAAUUUGCAGCUCACCAAACUCCAUAAUGGUGGUAAAGAAUUUACCAGGAAAAAUAAAGAAAUCUGUUAACAGGCCAUGUAUGCCAUUUUAAUUCCUUUUUUCUCUUUGAUAUUUAUAUAUAUUUAUAUUGGUAGGAUGAGCACCAUCAGCAGAUAUUAGGAAUGCAUGGUAGUCCAUAAGAAGUGUUGUGGAUUAUAAUGGGUGCACUGUUUGACAGGGAACCCUUAACUGAAAAUGAAUCUGGAGAAAGAAGCAGUUAAACUAUCAGUGGAUGCUCGUGUUGUGAAGGACAUGACUACAGCGAAAUCUAAGGGGUAUGGAUUUGUGUCCUUCUAUAACAAACUGGAUGCAGAGAAUGCCAUUGUGCACAUGGGGGGACAGUGGUUAGGGGGACGCCAGAUAAGGACCAACUGGGCAACUCGCAAGCCACCCGCCCCAAAGAAUGUUCAAGACAAUGGCUCGAAGCAGCUGAGGUUUGAAGAUGUAGUGAACCAAUCCAGUCCCCAGAACUGCACCGUGUACUGUGGAGGAAUCCAGUCCGGACUAUCAGAGCAUCUCAUGCGACAGACAUUUUCACCCUUUGGACAAAUUAUGGAAAUAAGAGUUUUCCCAGAGAAAGGUUACUCUUUCAUCAGGUUUUCCUCCCAUGAAAGUGCUGCCCAUGCAAUUGUUUCUGUAAAUGGAACAUCCAUCGAAUGCCACAUAGUGAAGUGCUACUGGGGCAAAGAAUCCCCCGAUAUUGCCAAAAGCGUACCACAGAUGGAGUAUGGUCAGGGUCAGUGGGGACAAUGGAGCCAAAUGUAUGGGAGCCCCCAGGCCCAGCAGUAUGGACAACAGUACAUGGCAAAUGGUUGGCAGGUGCCCUCUUAUGGAGUGUCUUAUGGACAGUCUUGGAAUCAGCAAGGAUUUGGUGUAGAGGACUCCAUUCUGGCUGCAGCAGCACAGAACCUUUCAAGACAGUCCCAGUCCCCAGCCUGGGUUGGAGGGUUUGGAUCCCCGGCACCAUCCCAGCCCCAGACCGGUCCUGUGAUGCCCAACCAGGGAAACUUCAACAUGGCAGGCUACCAGACACAGUGAGCAGGCUCUCACUCAUAUCAAUAACACAGGCAUGUCACCAAUUCAGAAUUAGUGGACUUUCAAUUAGGAGAAGAUAAAGAAAUUAGCAUUGUAAUCUAAUCAUCUGGAGAGAUUGUGUUAAAGCAGAGAAGAUCAGGAACAAUAGCUUAACUCAGAUAUAUGAGGAAGCAAAUGUUAUUUAUAAAGACAAGUAGUGAGGGGGGGGGGUGUUUUUAUUGGCUGAAGUUAUGUACAAAUGAAAUGUCAACAGGUGGUUGAAACAAAACUUGGACUGAAUUUUCAUGCUUUUAUAUAUAGGGGAUAUCUUAAAAAAUAAAAAAUAAAUAAAAAAAUGAGUUUUUGUUUACUACUUAAUGUAGCCUAAAAUGGACUUAAAAGGUCAUUUGAAUACCCUAGUUUGUCACAGGACAUUGCAUAGGAACAUAAAGCUCUUUAAAUGGUUAGUUUCUCCCCAUCAACUCUGAUUGUGCGUUUGCUGAUUUUAAAUCACUUUCUGAACUUUUGACAGAUGUGAGUAAACACAUUUUCAGUCUCCUGUUUUAAGAAGCACUUUUAGGGUUCACAUGUUAGCUGUAAAUCUUUGAAUGAGUAUGGAUUUGCGUGCCAUUAUGUAUAUUUACAUUUUAUUUGCUUCACUCUCUAUCUCUUGACAUUGUACUAGCCGAAUUUCUUGAAAAUGCGUGUAAAUCUAUGUUAUUAUUUGAUUAUACCUGUAAAUGUCACUUAUAAAGGAAAAGGGUCAGGAAGGCCAAACAUUUAUAUAACCCUCAACCUGAUUUUAAAAUAAGGAUUUCCAAGCAUGUACUCUUUAGUAACACAGGACCUCCACAAACCUAAUUCUGUAUAUACUGUAGAUGGGUGUGCAAUGCAGGGCUGACAUAUUGAAUAUAUUCAAUAUAAUUUACAAAGAAGCCUUAAUUUAAAUGUCAGUUACGUCACCAUUCAUUAUUUUACUCCCUGAAGCCCUGUUAGAAACCUGAACUCUAGAUUUUAGAACUGAUGUUGUGUGCCAUUUUCAGCUAAUAGCAGGCGACGAGGAGUUAACAUUUCCUGGAAACAUUGAGGGUGUAUUGCACGUUUUUGAAAAUGUAUUAUCUUGGUUGCUCAAAGUAUUGAAUGUAAAUGGCAGAAUUGUUUUAAUGAUGAAUAAAGCUCAGCGAUUGACAAAAUUCCUUUUUCAAUGUAAAAGGGUCUCAAUAAAAAUGAUUAUUGGAAGAAAAUAAGCUGA